AUGGGGCCCGGGCUGGCCCAGCUGCGAGCUGAGGACCGAGGCCCCAAUCCUGGGUCCACCACUACCACAGCCCUGGGACCUCGGGUUGCUGUGAAGCUGCUCUGCACCUGCGUCCCGGGUGGUCGGAAGCUCUGCCAGACUUUCGGCAAAGACGGAAAGGAGGAGUGUUUAUCAGGCCCUUGUGGAAGAAGGCACCUGGCCCUCAAGGUCUACCGCAGGUCCAGCUGCAUGGCUGCCCCAGAGUGGCCCCCGCGCAGUGACACUGAGAGUCCGCACCUUCACCCACGUGGCCCGGGACUCGGCCCAGAGCAGGGGAGGGCGACGGCUGUGGCUCUUGCCUCCCCCCGCAGGGACAAGAGCAUCACCUCCUUCGACCUGUACGUGGGUCUCACCGACCUUCGGGCCGCCGGCGCGCACACUCAGUGGUUCGCCGUGAGCCGUGUGAUCCUGCACCCCACCUACCAGAUGUGGCACCCCGUGGGCGGGGACGUGGCGCUCAUUCAGCUGCAGUCGCCCAUCGAGUUCUCAGACGCUGUGCGACCCGUGUGCCUGCCACCGCCCACCCUGCACCUCAACGGCAGCGAGGUCUGCUGGGCCACGGGGUGGGGACUUGUGUCCCCGCAGGGCCGUUCCUCGAACCAGCUACAGGAGGCCCAGCUGCCCCUGGUCCCACCUACCCUGUGCAGGAUCCUCUAUUCGCGCCCGGCCAUCCAGCCCGACAUGCUGUGUGCUGGGAACCUGGGGAACCUGAACAGCGUGUGCGAGGGUGACUCUGGGGGCCCACUGGUGUGCGAGUUCAACCGCACCUGGGUGCAGAUAGGAAUCGUGAGCUGGGGCCGCGGGUGCACCGAGCAGGUGUACCCGGCAGUGUUUGCCCGAGUCUCCUAUUUCUCCAGAUGGAUUCGCUAUUACAUGGAGAGAACACCCCUUCCUUCCCAGCCAACCCCCGCCCUUUGCCCUGCUCUGGGGGCCACACUCGGUGUGCUUGUGACCACGCUGGCUGGCCUGGCCAUCUCCUGAGGGACAUCAGCACCCCCACCCCCAUGACCACUCAGGGGCAAGGCUGGGCCCAGAUGUGGCCUGCAAGGGGCUGGAGGUAGAGGCAGAGGCAGGCAGCCCCUGGAGCUAUGUGAUAUUAAAUGUUCA